AUGGGUGGCCCCGCAGGGGUUGAACUUGAUGCAGACGAACUGGCGGAGCUUUGCCUUGAAAUGGGGGAAUGGAAGCCGAUUGAACCCCUUUUUGGAGGGGGGCGAGCAUCGCCUGCAAUUGUGGAAAUGGUUUUUGAGUCACUAACUGUGGCGCCUGCUGACGAAUCUUCCACAUCUGGGGUGAACCCCUAUGAGGGUUUCCAGUCUACACACCGGCUUCCCAUCGUAAACGGGCAUGCGCACGGAAGCGAAGAGCCUCUUUCUACUGAUGAAGAUAUGGAUUCUGACAGUGCCAGCCUAGACUUCUGUUCAUAUCGAUGUCCUGUGGGUAUUCUGUCCGUGCCCCCAGAGUCUUCGGGAAGUUCACACGCGAGCCUCGAGACUCAGUCGGAAGGCAACUUAGCACUGCUAACGCAGCUUAGAAAAGGACAGGGCUCUCAACCACAAAGGCGACACAGUGCGCAUUGCUGUCCGACGUCGACAGAGCAUGGCACAGAUACGGGUGGAGCAGCUCACAAACCCCUACGUCAGUCAUGUAGCGACCCCACGACAGCUAAACCGAGAAGUUACUUGCAAGCCAUAGAAGAGGAGGCUUCGUCUUCAUCAUCAAGUGAAAGCAGGCCGCAUCGUGGGAUACCCGUUGGUAGGACUUCACGCGAUGCGCAUCCUUUUGUUCGCCUUCCUUUGUUGGAGCCAGGAGCAGACAAGGAUUUGCCAGAUUUGAGGGCGCUAAACCUACGAGGAAGAUCUCCGCUUCUUGCUCACUCCCUCAAGAUUGUCCGAAGCUUUCUAAUGAAGCCUAUUCUCAACAAAAUAGAGGUGAUCGAGCUCUUGAAGUGCGAGGCAACAAUGUUGAGGCAAGCAGCACAACUCAUAGCAUUGUCUGUCGAUAAUUUGAACCCGUCUUCUGCAGUUGAAGUUUUGGGACGUCGCUUCUUAGUCUUGCAGGCGCUGCACUCAGUUGCGAAACUUUUAGGAGACCAUGUGGCUAAUAAUGUAUGGUACAAAUCGGUCUUUGCCCUUCUGCCAUCGAGUUACAGCAAACGGUUCCGCAGAAGUUUUGGACGCUGGUCUGAACGUUAUAUUAUUUUGUCAAGAGAUUUGAUUGAGGCAAUGGAAAUGUACAGGGUGGGCGAUGAGCCCUCUGCGGAGAGGAUUAUCGACCUCAAAAGAAGACUGUUGUGUUUGCCGGAUUCUCCCUCGGGUUUCCGUAGAGUUGCCUGGAGCAUAUGGCGGACAGACGACAUGCUGUUUCAAGGGCGUUCAUGA